GCCUGAGCGCCAGCGGCCUCGCCCCCUGGCCGUCAAGUAGCAGUUCCUCGCGCCGGAAUUAUCUGUGGAUUCAGCGUCUGUGGGUCCUGCCGCAGCAAUCAUGAAGACGAAUCCUUCUGGCGAUUCAGACAUCGCCGAAGUGCUGCCUCAGCAUAAGUUCAACUGCAGGUCCCUGGAGGCCUACCUCAACCAGCACUUGCCCGGCUUUGGGGCAGAGCCUGAGACCAAGCUGACGGUUGCCCAGUACAGGUCAGGACAGUCCAAUCCAACCUUUUAUCUCCAGAAGGGUUUCCAAAAAUAUGUCCUCAGAAAGAAGCCACCUGGUUCACUUCUUCCUAAGGCACAUAAGAUUGAUAGAGAAUGUAAAGUCCAGAAAGCUUUGUUUGCGACUGGAUUCCCUGUUCCCAAGCCUUUGUUGUACUGCAGUGAUACUUCUGUCAUUGGAACAGAAUUUUAUGUGAUGGAACAUGUGCAGGGUCGAAUUUUUCGUGAUUUCACAAUUCCUGGAGUUAGCCCAGCAGAACGCUCAGCCUUAUACGUGGCCAUGAUAGAAACCUUGGCUCGCUUACAUUCUUUGAACAUACACUCACUGCAGCUGGGAGGAUACGGAGUCGGUGCUGGGUACUGCAAAAGGCAGGUAUCAACCUGGACAAAGCAAUAUGAAGCUGCAGCUCACCAGGACAUCCCUGCCAUGAGCCAGCUCUCUGACUGGCUCAUGCAAAACUUGCCAGAAAAUGACAAUGAAGAAAAUUUGAUUCAUGGAGAUUUCAGACUGGAUAACAUAGUUUUCCACCCUAAAGAGUCUCGAGUUAUAGCUGUACUGGAUUGGGAGCUUUCAACCAUUGGUCAUCCUUUGUCAGACUUAGCUCAUGUCUUCCUGUUCUACUUUUGGCCAAGGACAGUUCUAAUGACAAAUCACAGUUCUUAUUUUCAAGAAAUUAUAGGAAUACCAUCAAUGGAAGAACUAAUUUCAACAUAUUGCCGCUGCAGGGAAAUUACUUGUACUCUUCCUAACUGGAAUUUCUUUCUUGCCCUUUUAUACUUUAAAAUGGCUGGAAUAUCACAGGGAAUAUAUAGUAGAUACCUUCUGGGGAAUAAUGCAUCUGAGGAUAGCUUCCGGUUUGCCAGUUUUGUGCAGCCUCUGGCAGAAACCGGAUUGCAGCUGUCCAAAAGAUCUUUCAGAACUACACUGCCACAGAAGGAGAAUACCCCAAAGUUGUUUGUACAGACUCGGAGAGGCCAGGAACUUCUUACUAGGGUGAGGCAUUUCAUGAAGCAGCACAUCUUUCCAGCUGAAAAGGAGGUAAUUGAAUUCUAUGUUCAAAAUGAAAAUUCAGUAGACAAGUGGAAAAAACCUUCAGUAAUUGAUAAACUCAAGGAAAUGGCCAAAGCAGAAGGUCUCUGGAAUUUGUUUUUGCCUGCUGUGAGCGGUCUCAGCCAGGUGGACUAUGCCUUGAUUGCUGAAGAAACUGGAAAAUGCUUCUUUGCUCCAGCUGUCUUUAACUGCCAAGCACCAGACACAGGGAACAUGGAGUUACUCCACCUAUAUGGAAGUGAAAAGCAGAAGCAGCAGUGGCUUGAGCCUCUUCUUCAAGGGAGCAUUGCCUCCUGCUUCUGUAUGACAGAGCCCGAUGUAGCAUCCAGUGAUGCCACAAAUAUUGAAUGUAGCAUCCAACAAGAUGGAGAUAGCUAUGUAGUUAAUGGCAAGAAAUGGUGGAGCAGUGGAGCUGGGAAUCCAAAGUGCAAAAUUGCGAUCGUUUUGGGAAGAACUAAGAAUACCUCAGCAGCCAGACACAAACAGCACAGCAUGAUUCUCGUCCCUCUCAGCACGCCUGGGGUAGAAGUCAGAAGGCCUCUGUCAGUUUUUGGCUACAUGGAUUAUUUUCAUGGAGGGCAUUUUGAGAUCCAUUUUAACCAAGUGCGAGUGCCUGCCACCAAUUUAAUACUAGGUGAGGGAAGGGGAUUCGAAAUCGCCCAGGGCCGCCUUGGCCCCGGCAGGAUCCAUCACUGCAUGAGAACAGUGGGUCUGGCGGAGCGCGCUUUGCAGAUCAUGUGUGAGCGGGCAGCACAGAGGGUGGCUUUUCGGAAGAAACUGCAUUCCCACGAGGUUGUGGCUCACGGGAUUGCUGAAAGCCGCAUUGCCAUUGAAGAGAUCCGCCUGUUGACCCUGAAAGCUGCCCACAGCAUUGACACCCUGGGCAGCGCUGGCGCCAGGAAGGAGAUUGCAAUGAUUAAAGUGGCCGCCCCUCGGGCCAUCUGCAAAAUUGUUGACCGGGCCAUCCAAGUGUGUGGAGGUGCAGGUGUUUCCCAGGACUACCCUCUGGCUAACAUGUAUGCCGUAACGCGCACUCUGCGUUUAGCAGAUGGACCCGACGAAGUCCACCUCUCAGCCAUCGCCAAACUGGAGCUGGAGGACCAGGCCAGAGGCCCGAGGGCCAGGAUGUGAGGCCGGGCUGCAGCACUGGGCUCUCACACAGCAGUUUGAGCACAGGGUUAAUCACUCGCUUUGGGGGAAGAUUUGAACAUCUGUUUGAUCAGUGGGUUUUAAUUAAGUUACAUAAGAAAUUCUAUAGCUGUGGUCAUUCGCUCUAAUACCUAAGUGCUUAGCAUUUAGUUUUUAAACACUCAAUUAGUAAAGAGAUAAUGAAGCAAAUUGGAGAGCUAAAGCAUACAAAGCUUUUACUUUUUGAAUGUCAUGAAUUGUUCCUUAAACAUUAAAGGAAUAUUUAACCAUUACUUUGUAAAAACUAGAGCGGAUCUCCGUAACACUCGCUUGGGGGCUGGUUUAGCACUUUGCAGUGAUGCUCGCGUCGGAGGAAGAGGCAUGACUGAUGGGUCGUUUUACAACUCAUGCCCUUAGAAGCGUCUUCAUGACUCAGCCGGAAGCAUUUACACAUGAACUCUGAAUGCGGUUUAAAGUUCACUAGAAAAUGUGGCAUAUUAUGAGAGAGCGUAUUUGAGAAGAAUUUAAUUCCUUAGAAUAUGUUGAUGAGGGAGUGGACAAUGUAAGCGACAAGGAAGUUCUUUAACUUUGAGAUGACACACGGUCCGCCCCAGUGCUGUCCCCCAGUGACCCCGCUGUGUGGAGAGCGGACACCGGCCAGCCACCUGUGACUCUUGGGCUCUGGGCUGGCUAGUGCAGCUGAGGAAGUGAGGGUCUUAUUUUUUAAAAAAUGUUGAUUUAAAUUGAUUCUCAGCUCAGUUACUGGAAAGUUUUUAAGUAUGCUUGGAAUAACUUGGGUAUGUGAAUUGGCUUU